GUCCUGUGCAGAAUCGGAUGCAGUUCCCUUCUGGCUAUGGCUCGAAUCCUCCUACCUAUGGUGCACCCUCAGGACACUAUUCCCAAGUGCCCAGUAAAGCUGCUGCUUCACAUUUGGAUAAUCAGUAUAGAGCCAGUUACUACCCUACUUACUAUUCAGCACCAGCACAAAAUGUUAUGACACCUGUGGGUACCAAUGUGUUGAAUACACAGGAAGCACAGCAGUUGUACAACAAAACUCCUCCCCACACUGUGGGGUCAGCUGAAGGACCUAUUCCAGGAGCAAUAUCAUCUGCAUCCUACUUGCAUACGAGUGCUCAGCAGUCAUAUUCAUACUCGGCAUUUGGUAAUCACUACAGCCCGUCUGUCAGCUCUCCAGUUGCAUCUCAGGGAUUUCCUCUUAAUUCUGAUCACUACACCAUGCCUGUGGUUUCUAGUGCCAUGUAUCCUAAUGUUUCCUAUCCUGCGGCUGCUGGCGGUGUGUAUGGGCAGGCAUUUACCUCUCAGAGCCUACCUGCUGUUGGACAGUUCAAAGAGACAAAUACAUAUACUAGCCAGACUACAUCAGUACCUCAUUCACUUCAACAGCAUGUUCCCGUGGGAUAUAAUUCAGCAUUAUCAACUAUUUCAUCUACUCAGUCUGUUCAAGACAACCUCGGCAGGAAUCUCACUGGAUCGAUUGCUAAAGUAAACAACCAAAUAAAUACAGGUGGCAUUGAUUCUUCACAGCCCGUGCACUCUGUGAGCCAGAGCGUUCCAUUUACCAAGCCUGGGGCUGGAACAUCUGCUUCCUCUGCUGUGAUCUCGUCAGUAAGGACAUCUGCUCCAAGCCUUUCUUCACAGCCACGAUCUUCACCCACUGUUACACAGUCACCAGUGUCGGCCCUUCAGGAAGGCAUGCAGUAUGGUGGAUAUGUUAAUAAUCAAGCUAGCUCUGCACCAGCUCCCUUGUCAUCAAGUUCAGAUGAUGAGGAAGAGGAUGAGGAGGAUGAGGAAGCAGCAAUUGAUAGUUCCUCUACUACAAGCAGUGCCUCUCCUGUUCUGAACAAUUAUGAUGCCCUGGAAGGAGGUGGCUAUCCAGAGACACGUUCUGUGACCAGCAGCCCAGUUCCUGCUCCAUCAGUCCCCCAAACGUCAAAAGCUUCUAAGCCCUUCGGUUAUGGAUAUCCAACACUGCAGCCUGGCUACCAAAAUGCAGCACCACCUACUCCUGUGCAGCCCAGUAAUCCAGGACACCAUCCUGGGUUUCAGCACUAUCCACAG